AUGGGGUUCUCAAAACCCCCUGUCCAGUCGCUCAAAAUUGCCAACAAGCAGAAGCGCAAAGAGCUGUUUGUCGCCCACAAGAGAGCAUCCGGCAAAGAACGCCACGAGGAGCGACACCGUCGCAGAAAAGAAGAGAGCCGGAACCCAGAGCUCAAGGCGGCCCGUCUUACGAAAAAUGUGCCGCGAACCUUGGAGCAUAAGCGAGUUUGGGAUGAUGUAGAUGAUGACAGCCUCGGCGCCGUGGUCGAUCUUGAGCAAUUGAAGAAGAGACGCAUGGAGCAGGUCGAGGCUGAAGAGCGAGCGGCCGUUGAGGCGGCGGAGAAGAUGGACGAGGACGAGGGUGACGAUAAUGACAGUAUGCUGGAUUCGGACGAGGAGGAGGAUGAGGAAGCGCGAGAGGCUAGAUUGGAGAGACAGCGAGAGAAGAGAGCCCAGAGAGUUCCCAGCAUUGCUCCCUCAACAACAAGCACGAAUCUCGACCUCACGCCGACGUCGCUGGCUCUCAAGUUCCCCUCGCUCUUCACCGACGAACCUCCCCCCGAACCAAAGAUCCUCGUCACCACCUCUCUCAACUCCACCCUCCAUGACGAGGCGCACAUCCUCACCACUCUCUUCCCCAACAGCAACUACGUCCCGCGAUCAUCCCACCGCUACGGCCACAAAUACUCUCUCCGCGAAAUCUGCAAAUUCUCCGCCGAACGAGGCUACACUGCCGUUAUUCUCAUGAAGGAGGACCAGAAGAAGCCCACGGGUCUUUCUGUCGUGCAUCUCCCCAAGGGACCGACAUUCCACUUUUCAAUCUCCAACUGGAUCGAGGGCAAGAAGCUUCCCGGCCACGGUAACCCUACGAACCAUUACCCGGAGCUGCUGUUGAACAACUUCAAGACGCCGCUGGGUCUCCUUGCGGCAAAGCUCUUCCAGACAAUGUUCCCGCCUCGACCAGAAUUUGAGGGCCGGCAGGUCACCGCAUUGCACAACCAGCGAGAUUACAUCUUUGUAAGGCGUUUCAGAUACGUGUUCCGUGAUAAGCGUGCGACGGAGAAGAGCGUCGUUGAUGCGGAGGGCAACCCGCUCAAGGGUGUUGAAGCUAUCCGAGCGGGAUUGCAGGAGCUGGGUCCGCGGUUUACGUUGAAGCUGAGACGUGUAGACAAGGGAGUUGGACGAGCGGGAAGUGAGGGUGAUGAUGCCAUUCAGUGGGAGUGGAAGUCCAAGAUGGAGAAGGAUCGGAAGCGUUUCAAUCUGUAA